AUGUCUGCCACCACGCUCUCCAAUUCGUUCACCGGCUCCAAUGACACAGCGCUGAUCAUCCCCAACAAGACCCAAGGUCUCACAAUAUCAUACCAACAGCUCUCCUCCGAAAUCCUCUCUUUCCAAAAGAAGCUCGCAAAACUUGGGGUAUCUCCUGGAUCAGCAAUCUCAAUCGCCCUCCCAAACAGUUACGAAUUCAUCGUUUCAUUCCUAGCCAGCGCCUGGCAAAGAGCUAUUGCAGCUCCGUUGAACUCGGCAUAUAAGCAGGAGGAAUUCGAAUUCUACAUCGAUGACUUGAGCUCGGCUCUUGCCCUGGUGCCGAAGGGCUCAUACCAACAAGAUGGAGCUGCGGUGCGAGCUGCAAGGAAAUACAAUGCUGCCAUUGCGGAAUGCUAUUGGAACGGGCAAGAGGUGGUACUGGAUAUCAAGGAACAGGGGAAGUUGAAAGGGAAGGGGAACCAGAAAGUUGCCACGGCAGAGCCCGAUGAUGUUGCAUUGGUACUCCACACCAGUGGCACAACGGGACGGCCUAAAGCAGUGCCAUUGACACAUCGAAAUCUCACGCGGACGAUGAAGAAUAUCAAAAAUACAUAUGAGCUUACGCCAAAAGACCGAACCAUGCUCGUCAUGCCGCUUUUCCACGUCCACGGCCUACUCGCAGGAUUCCUAGCACCCCUCUAUUCCGGUGGCUCUGUAAUUGUACCACCCAGGUUCUCCGCCUCGGAAUUCUGGGACGACUUCAUAACACACAAGGCAAACUGGUACACAGCUGUUCCGACCAUCCAUCAAAUUCUCCUCAAGUCCCCACCUCCUCAGACCAAGCCCAAUAUCCGAUUCAUCAGAUCAUGCUCCUCCCCACUAUCCCCAACAAUCUUCCACCAGCUGGAGAAAACCUUCGACGCACCCGUCCUCGAAGCCUACGCCAUGACCGAAGCCUCCCACCAAAUGACCUCAAGCCCCCUCCCACCAGGAAAGCGCCAACCCGGCAGCGUCGGCAUCGGCCAAGGCGUCGAAGUCAGGAUCCUCGAUCAGGAGGGUAAGCAAGUACCUCAGGGUUCCGAAGCGGAGAUCUGUAUCCGCGGAGAGAACGUCACAAAAGGCUACCUUAACAACCCCGAAGCCAACAAGUCUUCAUUCACAAAAGACGGGUUCUUCAGAACCGGCGACCAGGGGAAGCAAGACGAGGAUGGAUAUGUUUUCAUCACUGGCAGGAUUAAGGAGCUGAUUAACAAGGGCGGGGAGAAGAUCAGUCCUAUUGAGCUUGACAACGUGCUUGCGAGACAUCCAAAGGUUAGCGAGGCAGUGAGCUUUGCGAUCCCGGAUGAGAUGUAUGGACAGGAUGUGGGCGUUGCGAUUGUAGUGAAGAGCGGAGAGAGGCUGGAAGCGAAGGAGUUAAGCGGAUGGAUUGCGGAGAGACUUGCUAAGUUUAAGGUCCCGAAAAAGAUAUACUUCACAGACAACAUGCCAAAAACCGCCACGGGAAAGAUUCAACGCCGGAUCGUAGCAGAGACAAUGAUGAAACAAGACAAGCCAAAGGCUAAGCUCUAA